GCUUCUGAUCUCGAAAGAGAACUAAAGAAGCAGGAACUGGAAAAAAGAAAAACAGAUAGCCCCGAAAAAUCAGCUGAAUUAGUCGAAGAGACUGAAUUUUUACGGAACAGCCUCAAGGACGUUUAUGAAGACAUUCUUUUAAGCGAUCUCAAGUUCGCCAACGAACAUAAUAUCGAAGAAAGACUUUGGAGAUACGUCUUUUAUAAUUAUAUUGAGGAAUUAAGACAAAAAUUGCGCCGGAACUCUGACGAAUAUCAAGCCAUUUAUCUUGAAUUAUGCCGCUACCUAGACUUGGGAACUGGAUUUUACCAUACCAUCAUUAAUAGCUUAAAAAUUCGUGAAAAUAUAGAUUUGGAUCGAGUUGGAAUUGAGCUCACUGCUGAAUCUAUUCAACGAUGUCUCAUUCGUCUUGGUGAUUUUGCUCGAUAUCGCGAGACUCUAUUUGGGUCUGAUAUGAGACGUUGGGAAUUCUCUAAACAAUUUUACAUGAAAGCCGCAAGAGUCUACUGUGAAGAUGGAAAAGCCCAAGCUCAAUUGGCUCUUCUUUCUAUGCUUCGAGAUAAUGAUUUGGAUAUUUGUGAUUUAUUGGGCGCGGAUUAUGACCCUGCAGAAUUGGCAAAACAUUCCAUUCUUGAGGAUAUGGAAUUUUUAGGGUCUUUUGAUAUUCUUCAUUAUGACGACUCUGCGGGACAAUUUACGCUAAUUGAUGAAGAAAAGCGUCAACAACGUAUGAUGAAAUUAAUGGCACAACAACGUUUAAAAGACGAAAUUGACACAAUGGAAAACAAGCUGCAAAAGUUCGGAGUUUCUUCUCGUCCCAACCAUCUUCCUCUUCCCGAAAGCGCUAUAUCAAAGCCUAAAAUUUCGCAAAAACAAUGUGUUGUUGAUAUCAGCGUUAUUCUUAACCAUUUGAAUUCGGUUAAAAACUGGGUUGCGGAUGAAAAGUGCACAGUGAUUGUACCUUUAGAUGAUUUGAUCAAAAAGGGUAAUAAUCAAGAAAAUGUGCGAGCACGAGAAGCAAUUAGAUUUUUGGAUCAAAUAGGUAGCCAGCGGAACCAUGAACAUUUUAUCCGUGCACAGAAGGAGAAUGAAAAAUUACCCCAUUGGACAUGUGCUGGAGAGUUUCUUGUCGAAGAAAGUUUCCGACAUAACACUUCACAUGUUUGCCAAAAUGAAAAAAUAGCUAAGGAAUUACAUGAUAAUGACAUCACGGAUGAAAAACCUAUAACUGAUAUUCCGCAAGAAUUUCGUCCUAUAUUAAGUUGUUGGCUUUAUUUUGCACAUUUAGCGAACAUCGAUGAUAUAUUAUUUGUGACAGAAAAUCAAGAAUUAACGAAUUAUGCAAAAAUGUUUGGUGUUCCAGUUGUUGGUGUUGGAAAUAUUCCCUAUAGGUAA